AUUCCCAACUAGAAAAAGAAGAUCACCAGCCACUGCGACAUUUGUUCGGGGAGAAAAAAGGGAUCCCCAUCAUGGCAGCAUCACGAAUACAACGCUGGGCACUAACACUGAGUGCUUAUGAAUAUUCUAUCGAGUACUGCCCAGGGAAAAACGUUCAAGAUGCAGACGCACUCAGCCGACUGCCGCUUCCCCAGAAAGUACGGGUGCCCAUACCAGGAGACCUUCACCUCCUG